AGGAGUUUCUCCGCAAGUUGACCAGGAGAAGCUUUGGACACCCUCCUCCGAUCUAUCUCGCUGCGUGUCUGGUCAAGUUGACGCCCGUUGGAUUCUUAACUAAAACCAGCACUUUGUGACUCCGGACUUCAAUAAGAGUUGAUGCCACUCUGCUUGUCUCUAAAGAAUUGGGUCAGUUUGACGGGUUUUCUGAAGAAAUAACUGCAGGAGGACAAAAGUGGACUGGAAAUAAAGUAAUCAGAAAUUUGUCAGAAGCCCAGAGCGUCCAAAAAGAUUCUGGAAUGAGUCUGGAAAAAGAUUCAGCUCUUCUCUGGACCACAUCAGCGGACGGGCAGGUAAAGCUGCGAAGGGACCCCACCUGCUCACAAGCGCCAAUAACAAUUCACCAGAUGUUCCUAGAAUCUCUAGAGAAAUACAAGUCCCUCAACGCAUUAGCCAGCAAAAAGGAGGGGAAAUGGGAAAAAAUUACUUUUUCGGAGUACUACCGCCUCUCUCGGAAAGCAGCCAAGAGCUUCCUGAAGCUCGGCCUUGAACGAUUCCACAGUGUUGCGAUUCUGGGUUUUAAUUCUACAGAGUGGUUCAUUUUGGCUGUAGGAGCUGUAUUUGCUGGUGGCAUUGUGUCUGGGAUCUACACCACCAGUUCUCCAGAGGCUUGUCAUUAUGUUGCUGAUGACUCCAGAGCUAAUAUUGUGGUGGUGGAAAACCAGAAGCAGUUGGACAAGAUAAUGCAGAUCUGGGAUCGUUUACCAUACUUGAAAGCUGUCGUGAUGUAUAAAGAUCGUGUGUCUGAGAAACAUCCCAAUUUGUAUAUGAUGGAUGAAUUCAUGGAGUUGGGAAACGAAAUUUCGGAUGGACGACUUGACGCCAUCAUCAACUCCCAAGAGGCAAACCAAUGUUGUGUCCUGAUAUACACCUCUGGAACAACAGGGAAGCCCAAAGGAGUCAUGCUGAGCCACGACAAUAUUACCUGGACCUCUGCCCACGCCAGUCAAGCAGGAGACAUGCAACCAGCCGAAAUCCAGCAGGAGAAGAUUGUCAGUUACCUGCCGUUGAGCCACAUUGCUGGUCAGAUGUAUGACCUCUGGACUGGGAUCAAGUGGGGCGAAGAGGUUUAUUUCGCACAACCGGAUGCCUUGAAGGGAAGCUUGGUUGAGGUCCUCAGAGAAGCUCUGCCCACUUCCCAAAUGGGAGUGCCCCGCGUGUGGGAGAAGAUGAUGGAGAAGAUCAAGGAGGUUUCUUCUCAGACCAGCUUGUUGAAGAGGAAGAUGCUGUCUUGGGCCAUGUCGGCCACUUUGGAACAAAACCUGAGCUGCUCAAAUAGGGACUCCAAGCCCUUCUGGAUGGGGCUGGUGGACUCUCUUAUCCUGGCGAAGAUCCGCUGGGCCCUGGGCCUUUCCCAGUGCCAGAAGCAUUUCUCCGGAGCUGCCCCUCUCCCCGUGGAAGUCUCCCACUUCUUCCUUGGCCUGAACAUCCCUAUUUACGAAGGGUACGGGAUGAGCGAAACUUCCGGUCCUUUUUGCAUCUCUGGGCCACACAUGUAUCGACUUCACAGCUGUGGCAAGGUUGUGCCAGGCUGCCACGUUAAGAUAGUCAACCAAGACGAGGAUGGCAACGGGGAGAUUUGCUUUUGGGGACGGAACGUCUUCAUGGGCUAUUUGAACAUGGAGGAGAAGACCAGGGAAGUGAUUGACCAGGAUGGCUGGUUGCACUCAGGAGAUCUUGGAAAGAUGGACCAGGAUGGAUUCGUUUACGUCACCGGAAGAAUUAAAGGUGGUGCCUUCUUUGCCGCGUGUUUUGAAGCCCUCCAGAUGUUUGGAGAUCACAGCUUCCAUACUUCUUCCCCACCGGCCAGAGUGGUUGGAGCUUUCAGCCUCAAACAUCUGGAGAUCGCCUUGCCCUAGUUCACUUCCUUUCAGCUGCCCAGGCUGUUAAAUACUCAGGUGCUUCGACCCCAGUGGUUCUCAACCUUCCUUAUGCCGCGACCCUUCAAUACAGUUCCUCAUCUUGUGGUGAACCCCCAACCAUAAAAUUAUUUUCGUUGCUACCUCAUAACUGUAAUUUUGCAAUUUUCCGAUGGUCUUAGGCGACCCCUGUGAAAGGGUCGUUCGACCCCCCAAAAGGAUCCCGACCCACAGGUUAAGAACCGCUGUUCUACCCAGUACUUCAGAACCAAAUUAAUUUUUUAUAAAGCUUUCUUUUUUCAUUUCAGACAUAUUCACAAAUUUACAUUCUUGUAAAUACUAUUGACAUAUAUCUAUUAAAUAUUGAUGUUCGUCACACUCUUCUUACAAAUAUAAAAAGCACAGUUGAGGUCACUUUCUUGCCAUCCCAUAUCUCCAUCUUGUUUUGCAACAGCCCUACUCCUUCUGCUUUCUCAACC